CAGUUAUAUAUGAUACGUAAAAAUUGCAUGCGUAUAGAAGAAUAUAUUUUAUCUAUAAAUAAUAAUCGGAUAUUGUAUAUCUUAAAAUGACAUUAAGCUAGAAAUAGCAGCAGUAUUUAUACUUCUUCGAGAUUGACAACAUCAAGAAGUCAGAAAGCAUACAAGUUGCAACAAGUGACCCAUUUGGCGGGAAAACUUGCUGGACGUCAUGUUGAAUGCUGAUACUCCCUCCACGUGAUUGUUGCAAUACUGAACUCAUGAAGAAUAUAAACAAAACUGAAAUUCAGGAACGCAGCCAAACACAGAUGGCAGCAGCUUUAUUGUGAAUGUUUGUCGUUAGUCUUUUCCUUACAAAAUUCGUAAAAGUUGAAGAGGCUGGAGACACUUUAGUAUACAUACCAUGGAAAGUGUAAACAUCGAACGAGGAAUCAUUACAAGAUUAUACGUUGAGAAUUUUGUAACGUAUGAUAAAGUCGUCGUAGAGCCUGGUCGCAAUUUAAACUUGAUUAUUGGCCCUAAUGGUACUGGCAAAUCUACUAUAGUUUGUGCUAUAGUACUUGGUUUAGGUGGGAAACCCAAAAUCAUUGGACGUGCUCUUCAUAUUAGGGAAUAUGUGAAAGCUGGUUGUUCGUCUUCGAAAAUUCAGAUAGAACUGAAAGAUACUAAUGGAAGUAUAGUAAUAACGAGAGAAUUUGAUAUUUCAAAUAAUACGACAUGGCAAAUAAAUGGAAAGCGAGCUGCUACUAAAGACAUACUUCAGUUGACAUCGUCUUUGAAUAUACAGGUGGAUAAUCUAUGUCAAUUUUUACCUCAAGACAAAGUGCAGGACUUCUCUAAAAUGAACUCGCAAGAACUCUUAGAAAAUACACAGAGAAGUGUUGGGGAUCCAAUGCUUUUCGAGUAUCAUGCAAAACUAAAAUCAUUUCGUGCAACACAACUGGAGCUAGAGCAGAUGAUUGCAAAUAAGAAAAACCUUCUAGUAAAUCGAACGCAACAAUAUGAUGGUUUAAAAGAGAUAGUAGACAGCGUAAAGGAGAGAAAGAUGAUUAAGAAGAAGAUGAUUUCGUUAAGGCAAAAGAAAGCAUGGAUACUGUAUGACACUACACGAACAAAACUAAUAGAAGCGAAAAAAGAGAGAGACGCGGUAGCUCUGGAAAUGAAAGAGCUCGACAUCCAAUUGGCACCACUUGAUAAAGUUUUGAAAACGAUAAAAUUCAAAAUCAGACAGUUGGAAGAAAUUGAAAAGCAACAUAAACAUGAAGUAUCAACGAGAGUUUCAAAAAUUGGUAAAGUCGUUGAAGAGAUCCAAUUUCACGAGGAAAGGAUACAGGAUAUCGAAGAUGCCUGUCAGCGCGCGAUUCUUCGCGAAAAAAAUCGCAAUAAAGAAAUAGCUGAUUUGGAACAGCAGAAGAGCAAGCUUCAUAAUGAUUUCGAUUAUUUCGUGAAGGAAGUCGGAACCGAGGAAAAAAUCAAGGAACAUCUUCGUGAGUCUGGAAUGCUUGUUGAGGAACAGAAGAAUGUCGUCGCGAAGUUGGAUAAUCAGAGAACGAUUUUCAAGCAGCAGGAGGAUCUGAUUAAACGGGAAAUACUCUCCCAGGAGGCCCAGUUGAAUUUGGCAAACCUGGUUGACGAGGAGCGCCUUAAGAUGCUAAAGCGAAGAAGUCCAGACACCUACACAGCUGUUCUUUGGCUCCGUGAAAAUACCAACAAAUUUCGAAGCAAAAUACAUGAGCCAAUACUAAUGGAAUCUAACGUUCAGAGUACUAAAUAUUCCAAAUAUUUUGAGAGUCUGAUACCUAACCGCGAUUUGAUCGCUUUUGUUUGCGAAGACAAGCAGGAUAUGAAGCAACUGAUCUUGUCCACGAAGCAACAGCUAAACUUGCAAGUGAACGCGGUAUAUUCCGAUUCUAAUAACCACAUCUCGACGAAGCCUAACAUACCUCUCGAGAAUAUAAAGCAAUACGGUUUCGAACACUAUCUCGCCUCACUUAUUGACGCACCUGUAGCCGUCAACAAUUAUUUGAUUAACAUGUAUAGGAUUAAUAAUAUUCCGGUAGGAAAUGAUGCUGUCGAUCAGAAUGUUGAUAAUAUUCCUAGAAAAUUGAGCCUUUUCUAUAGCAAAAAUAAUACGUACUCCGUAUCCUGGUCCAGGUAUACGAACGAGAAAUCAGUUAAAAUAUAUAGAGUUCGUGCCAACGGAACGCUUUCUGUUAUUUUAGAUAAUGAUAAAUUAAAAACAGCUGCCGAGAGGUUGAAAGUGUUGCAAGAGAAAAGAGAAUAUACCUUGAGAGACAUCAAGCAAAUCGAGGAAACUCUUCGCGAUGCUGACAGAAAGACCGAAGCAUAUCGCAGAGCGAAUGCAGAACACCAGAGCGAUCUCAAUAAAAUUCGAUCUCUCAAUUCGAGAAUUCUGUUGGCUGAGCAAAAAGUGUCGCAAUUGCAAAGUGAAAGAAAGGCAGUCGAGGAUGUAAAAGAAUCUCACGAUGUUGAAGUUCGUGGCGUACUCAAAAAGCAAAUCAGAAUGUAUAAUCAGCAUAAUGUCUUGCUUGAGGAAUUGUUCAAAUGCGUUACACUAUGCAAACAAUUCAGUUUGGAAAUUAAUAUGCACAGAAAAACUGAAUUACUGAAGGAAGAACUCGCUUCAGAAUUAAGAAAUAAAUUUCAAGCUGUAGAACAGGAAUUUAAGGCACUGGACAAGGAACUGAUGCCACUAAGAGAUGAAACGAAAAGAUUGCUUGAAGCUGCGCUCGAGACCACCAAUGGUGUUGGGCCGCAGGACGCAAAAUUCCGUCAGAUAAAUAAUACUUUUGAAAAUCUGCCAGCCACUAUUGAUGAAAUAAAUGAAGAACUGAGGAUAGCACAAGGAAAAGUAUAUUGUCUGGCGAAUAACAUAGACGGCGAGAGUGUGCUACAGACAUUCGAAAAAGUAAAAGCGGACGUGGAGAGCUUGACGGAAGAGAUAGCCGCAAAAACGUCAGAACUUGAAAAGAAUGUACAGAUCACUGAAAAUAUUCGCGACAAAUGGCUGCCACCACUCAGCAAUCUGAUCGAGCGAAUUAACCACAACUUCAGUUCGUAUUUUACCUUGAUGAAUUGUGCAGGGGAAGUCUCGCUUGUCCACGAUGAAAAUCCUAUGGACUUUGCUCAGUAUGGGCUCAAGAUCAAAGUGAAGUUUCGGGAUGCUGAUGAACUUCAGGAACUAACCAGGAACCGUCAGAGUGGUGGUGAAAGGGCGGUCACGACAGCAGUCUAUAUGAUAGCAUUACAGGAGCUGUCUAGGGUCCCCUUUCGAUGCGUCGAUGAGAUUAAUCAGGGUAUGGAUGGCAUCAAUGAAAGAAGAAUUUUGGACUUGAUCUUCAAGAUCACCGAAAGACCCAAUAGUUCUCAGUAUUUUUUGCUCACACCAAAAUUACUAUCAGCAAUGACGUAUAUCGACACGGUAACUGUUCAUUGUAUUUAUAAUGGGCCAUUUAUGAUCCCACACACGCAGUUCGAGAGUAAUCAGUACUUUAAGGAAUUAGAUAGGCUCUUCAGGAAAAAAGUGCCAGAGGAGGAUUGAACGACUUGAAAGGGUCUAGUCAUAGGACGUCGGUGAUGUCCGCGACAAAGUUUUACUACACAUCGAGAUUUUUAUUUUGCCAUGGAUUAAAUUAAUACAAUAUUCAUUUAGUUUUCAAGAAAAUAGUGUAGCCAUUGCGACAGACCUCUCGAAAGAGGGAAGAUGUGCUCAAUUUUUUUUGCCUUUCUUCUUUUUCUUUUGUGCCUCUGGCCAAGGAAAUCCGCGACAUUUAAGAACAUCCAUGAUGUUGUGACAAGUAUAGUAAGCGUUUUCCAUGACUUCUUCGUUAAAAAUAUCCAUGGCGAAUCUGGCCUUGCCUCCACUCCUCUUUGAACCCCUUGACGUCUUCUUCGAUCCUUUUCCACUCUUUCCACCUUUUCCUCCAUUUCCUCCUUUACCUGAUUUACCAUUCUUUCCAUUCCCUUUUACGCCGCCACCAUUUUUUUUCUUACUCUUGCC